GCGCCUGUGGGCGGCUGGUUCUCGCAGAACGCGGUUAUGGAGGUAACGCCAGGCGUUGGGCCUCCGUCGCUGGAGGAGCGGCAGCACCUACAGCAGGAGCUGAGUGACUUUGUGGAGACUUGCUACAAGACGCUGGAGGAGGUGACAGUUUCUCUAGGCUGGAGUCUCGACGAGCUGGACCCUGGGGAAGGAGACAGCGAGGAACCCGAGCAGAAUGAAACUGUGGUAUGCCCAUAUGAUUCUAAUCAUCACAUGCCAAAGUCAUCUUUGGUAAGGCACAUGGCAUCUUGUAGGCUCAGGAAAUUGGAUUAUACAAAAGAAGAAGAGGCUGAAAUGUAUGAUUCUGCUUUUUUCUAUGGGAAUGCAAAGAUACCUGUAGUUCACUUGGAUAAGAAUUUACAGUUCCAGAUACUUAAACAAGCCAGGGCUUCCAGUGGAAGAGAUGGUGAUGUUUAUAGCCAAAGGAUUUAUUCUUCAGUGCCUGUUGAAGUGCCUCAGAAUCACAAGCGUUUCAUCUGUGACCUGACCCAAGCUGAUCGUCAUGCCAUCUUUGAUUAUGUCCUUGAAGAGACAAAGAAACAGCGGUCCAGGUCUCAAAUCACUGAAAAUGACAGUGACCUUUUUGUAGACCUGGCUGCUAAAGUCAAUCAAGAUGAUAGUCAGAAGGGUCCAAAAUCUCAUCUUGAAAUUCUGGCCGAAAUGAGAGAUUAUAAAAGACGACGUCAGUCUUACAGAGCGAAGAAUGUUCAUAUAACCAAAAAGUCUUAUACUGAGGUAAUUAGAGAUGUGAUCAGUGUGCACAUGGCAGAGCUCAGCAGCCAUUGGCAGGAGGAAGUGGAACAAGCAGAGGAUGAUGCUGAAAAUGCUUCUAACACAGCAAAAUCUUCUGGAAGAAAGGAGGAAAGACGAUCAGCUUCAGUAGAUUCACGACAGUCUGGGGAAAGCCAUAAAGAUGCUGACCACUCAAGACACAGAAGAGAUAGAAGCCGGAGCCCACGUAAACGAAAAAGAAGUAAGGAGAAAGAGAGAGAUAGGGACUUAAGAAGAAAGAGAGAUAGGGAUGAAGAAAGGCAUCAUGGCCAUAAAAGAAGAAAAUAGCAAAGUAAGGGUCAGAAAGAUAAGUGAAAAUAUUUAUACAUAUGUGUUUAUUAAUGAUGUUUAUGUAAUAUGAACUAAUGAAGAUAGUUCAACUAUCUCAGCUACUCGAGGGACCAAGAAAUAUAAUGUACUUAUUUUUAUUGUAAUUGCAUUUUGUUGGAACUAUGUGUAAUUAAAGUAUC